UCAACAGGCACCAGAAGGAGAGAAGAAGAGGGCGACAGAAAGUAUUUAAAUAAAUAGAUUGUUGUUGAAGUACUACAAUACAACAUAAAUAGCCAAAGCUAAAACGGGAAACCUUUGCAACACACUUUUAAAAAAAUAUUUUUUUUUAUAGCUAGCUGGAUACAGUUGCUUCCACGAAAUGUGUUUGACUGCUAAACUAGCCGACUGGCUCAGCUCGGUUCCGGCCUAAAAUAGCUAACGUUAGCUCCUCGGGGGAAAAAACAAACAAUUCAAGUGUACAUUACCACGUAUGCAGAUGUUCAUCUAACGAAAGCAACGGAAUGCUGAUGGAACGUUAGUCCAACUGAGUCACCAAUUCUAGUCAUGCAAUGGGGAUGAGCGCUCUGCAGUGUGUAUGACCAGCUGUCUCCAGCCUGAUGGGAGGACUCUGUGGAUAGCAGCACCGUCUUCAGGACUCCAGGAGGAGAGUAGCCGCCCCUGCCAAGGAGGGCCGUUCAGAAUGAAGAAAAUCAGCCUUAACACCAUCCGCAAGUCCCUCAACAUCAAGGUCAAGGAAGAAGGAGGGGGGGACUUUGUCAUGCUCCAGCAGCCCUCGCUAGCGGUCGACUUCUCCAAGGAGGAAUCGCUUUUCGGGGGCUGCUACACUAAAGAUCUUGCGGGCUGCAACCUGGGAAUUGGUGAUGUGGGAGAGGAGAAGGCGGGACACAACAAGGGCCGGUCUAAGAGCGAGAGCCUGAUGGGUUCGCUGAAGAGGAGGCUGUCGGUCAAGCAGAAGGCCAAGGUCAAAGGUGGCUCAUUAGCCAUGGGGUCGGCUGACGAUGAUGACACCUUCUCCUCCUCCUCGGUCCCAAUCAGCUUCAACGAGGUCAAGGCCCAGCGUCCGUUACGAUCAGCGUCGCUCCGUAGCCACCAUUACAGCCCGUCUCCCUGGCCCCUGCGGCCUGUCGCUUCAGAUGAGGCCUGCAUCAAAAUGGAGGUGAAGGUUAAAGCCAUGGUCCAUUCCCCCAGCCCAGACCUGAAUGGCGUGAGGAAGGAGUUCCGCCACCAUGACUUUCAGAUGGAGAACAUCUUCCAGGAGCCGCAGAACGGAGACCUGAACAGUGACAAACAUGUGCCUGAAGUCCUGGGCCUCACGCCGCAGGACUACAUUCAGUACACCAUGCCUUUAGAGGAGGGGAUGUACCCAGAGGGGUCCCACUCUGUCCCCCACUCCUUCUGCCUGGGCAGGUCCUCGCCCAUGGAGGUGGUGACUGAGGCUGACAGUAGCUCCCUCCACGCCGACCACCAGAGUCAGGAGGACCAGGAUCUGGUGAGUCUGAACCGGAACCUUCCAGCGGACCUCUUCGUGGAGUCACAGUCGGUGAACGGCCUCUUCAUCGGCUCUAACGGUGUGAUGCUCCAUAGCUGCAGGGACAGGGUCAACGCUCAACAACACCCCGCUCCUCCCCAGCGCUCCCCUCUCCUGCCCGCGUUACCCAGCAACAUCAUCUCCAGGACUUACUCCAGGUUCGGCGGGGCAGAUGGCCACGUGGCGGCCCGGGUGAGGCAACACCUGAACUUUGACCUCGACUCUGCUCCAGGGGUGAGUCGGCUGUAUGACUCAGUCCGGAGCAGUGGACCAAUGGUAGUAACCAGCCUGACUGAGGAGCUGAAGAAGCUAGCCAGGCAGGGUUGGUACUGGGGACCUAUCACACGCUGGGAGGCUGAGGAGAAGCUGGUCAACCUGCCUGACGGCUCGUUCCUGGUCAGGGACAGCUCGGACGACAGGUACCUCCUCAGCCUUAGUUUCCGCUCCCAGACCAAGACCCUCCACACCCGAAUCGAACACUCCAACGGACGCUUCAGCUUCUAUGAGCAGCCUGAUGUGGAGGGACACACGUCCAUGGUGGACCUGAUAGAAUUCUCCGUCAAAGACUCUGAGAACGGAGCCUUCUGUUAUUCUAGAUCUCGCUUACCAGGGUCCGCCACCUACCCCGUCAGGCUGACCAAUCCCGUGUCUCGGUUUAUGCACGUGCGCUCUCUGCAGUACUUGUGUCGGUUUGUGAUUAGACAGUAUACCAGGAUUGACCUAAUUCAGAACCUGCCUUUGCCCAACAAGAUGAAAGACUACCUGCAGGAGAAGCACUACUGACUCGGUUGACACAGACGUGAGAUGGGACAGACAACGCUAGCAACUUGCACUUUUGGUUUCAGUUUAAGAGAUUCAACAAAGGUUUACAGACAUCCGUAGUUUGGAGACGAUCGAUUGGGUUCCAUUGGUUCUUUGUUUGUGUCCAGGGAUGUCUGAAAUUAAACCCUAUUAUGUAUGUAGUGCACUACUUUUGCCCAGAGCACUAGUUUAAAGUAGUGCACUACAUGGGGUGUCAUUUCAGAUUGCCCUUUGGUUAUUUUUGUUAGUGUCCAGUCCUCCGUUUCUCAGUUAAAGGAUUGUCGCCAAGCCUCCAGAGAGACGUAUCAUAGCAUCUCUGUUUCCCAGUUAUGGUUAAGUCAUUGGCCACGCCUCCAGAGAGACGUAUCAUAGCAUCUCUGUUUCCCAGUUAUGGUUAAGUCAUUGGCCACGCCUCCAGAGAGACGUAUCAUAGCAUCUCCGUUUCCCAGUUAUGGUUAAGUCAUUGGCCACGCCUCCAGAGAGACGUAUCAUAGCAUCUCUGUUUCCCAGUUAUGGUUAAGUUAUUGUGGCCACGCCUCCAGAGAGACGUAUCAUAGCAUCUCCGUUUCCCAGUUAUGGUUAAGUCAUUGUAGCCACGCCUCCAGAGUGACAUAUCAUAGACUAUCCAUUUAUCAGAUAAAGGGUUAAGUUAUUGUGGCCACGCCUCCAGAGUGACAUAUCAUAGAAUCUGUCAGGAAGUGUGCAGCGUGACUAAGUUACAGCUAACAUUUAUCAGCAGUGAGAUCGAAAGAUCAAUAUUUCUCUCCCCAGUUGCUGUAGUAAACUGUAAACGCUAGAAUGGCAAGCUCAGCCUUCUGAAUAACGUCAAUGUGUUUUUGCCUUCUGACUGAAAUGUACAGAUUUAAAAUAUACAUUUCAUUUAAUUCACGGCAGCCUUUUAAGAUGUCAAACCCAAGCCAGCUUUAAAUGAAACCCUAAUGAAAUGCACAUCCAGUCAGAUUUUUUUUACAUUUAUUCUUCAUUUGGCUAUUUAUUUUUGAAACAACUCUAAACGCAGUGGGGCAUAUCUUUUGACAAACAAUUAUUAUAUAUAUAUUUUUUUUUUUGAUUAAACAAUUUUAUCCUCUUAAUUUCUGAGUUCUUAAAACCGGGUUAAUUCAACCUUAUUUGUCAUUCAUCAAGUUGGUUAAUGACAACUGCUAAUAAGAAGUGUAAGCUGUAUGUGGGUGCAUGUAGACAUCUUUCUCUCUCCCACUAUAAUGGUACUAUUAGGGAAGAUACAGGCUAGUUUCUAUGUCGUCAUGCACUUCAACUUAAUACGCAUGCGUCAAUAUCAUCGCUUUUUAAAGGAAAAUGUCACUUAAGUAAUUAACUUGAAGAUAAACCUUUGUUAACUGCUCCUUGUAUUAGGAGUGUCAGAAAAAGCUGCCCUAUGCUUAGCUCUGUGUGCAUGAAGGGUGUUUGAAUGGUCAGACGCUGUAGAGACCUGGGCCAACUCGGUACACAGGACGGGAGUAUCGACUGUAAAAAGGGGGAAGUCUCAUUUUAAAUUCUAGAGUAACAUUUUAUCACUAAACACAUUUUAAGGAAACCUUGUGAAAGGGAAUCUCAAAAAUGGGGCUGCUUAGGUCGAGGCAUUUGGGGGGGGGGCCAUAAUAGAUGAUUGGAGCCCCUUCCUCAUAUUUGGGAGGUCGCAAGGAGAGUGGGAGGGGAGAUGUACAUGACAGAAUUCCCUCCCAGUGCAGUAAUGUCCUGCUCCAUGGAGAAUGAGAUUGAGGCUUUUGUGGGAAGUUUGCCCAAUGACUUGCAUGAGUGAUGUCACGCUGUCAUACUCUCGACUUCAUGGGCAGUUUCCCAGUGUGACAUUUUAUAAUGGAUCCGAUGUCAUGCUUACUGUCAAUGUUAACCUACAUAUUCACAGUCUGGCUGGGCUGUUUUGUAUCAGAACAAAAGGGACAGAAGAAUACACUGUAUGCUAUGCAAGUGCUUUCUAAACAGAUACUCUGACAAGGAAUCAUAGGUUUACAUAUGUUAAAAGGAUCUCCGACUACUUUGGUAGGCUGGUAGAUGUGUAUAGUCUAGGCCGAGGUAGUAAAGAUCUGUUGGUAUCUAAAGUGGUUACCAUGACACCCGGAUAGCAGAGGGUAGAUAAAAUCAGAUGUUGUCGGCAUGUUUCAAAAGUGUUGCAUAAAGAUUUGUUGGCAUUUUUAUUGUUUUGAAAUGUAUAGGAAUGAAGGAUGUAGGGAAUGUUGUCAGUCUGGUGUAGAAUGAUUGUUCUGCUCUGUUAUGUCACCAUCACCAGCUGGGUGUUCUGUGUGCAAGGACUUUCGAAUAUUCGUUUUAUUUCCUGUGACUUGUGACAUUAAACUCUGUCAUUUUGUGGA